AUGUCUGGCUGCGCAAUGUGGAUGAUCCUUGCUCUGGCUGCCUCCUGUAGCGUCAUGAGUCUCGCAAGAAUCAUGGAUUCUGGGCACAGCCGCCCUCCCUUCCAGCUGCCUUCGUCGCCUUCGUCUUCGAGUGUUACGGGCGCGGCCUCGGCUCUCCGCCUGGCCAAGCGGGAAACGUUCGACCCAGCGUGCAAGGGCAUCUACAACCGCGCCAUCUGGGGCAAGCUCAACCGGGCGUGCGAGGACUGCCAGAACCUCUUCAGGAAAGAACCGGCCAUCUACGAAGCCUGCAGGGAGAAAUGUUUCGACACAGCAAUCUUCCCUGCGUGUGUGGUCGAACUCUCCCUCAACCUUAACGAAUACAUGUUCAAAGCAGAGUUAAUUCGCGAGCUUUAA